CCGCCGCGCCUCCGAUACUCCCAAGGCAGCGCUCUCCUCGUGCUGCGAAAGCAGCAGCAGCAAGCGAGUAGUCACCACCAUCUCAAAUCUUCCCCUCCACGCUCCCUUUCCCUUCCUCUACCUCCCCUACCCCGCCGCCCCGCAAUGGCCGGCCUCCUCCACCUCCAGUCCACGCUUCUACCCUCGGCAUCCGCUCUCCGCCGCCGCGCGGGCGCGCCGGUGCCCUGUUCGUCCCGCCGCCGAUGCCGGGUCGAGGCCAAGAUCCGGGAGAUCUUCAUGCCGGCGCUCAGCUCCACCAUGACCGAGGGCAAGAUUGUCUCCUGGACGGCCGCCGAGGGCGACCGCCUCUCCAAGGGCGACCCCGUCGUCGUCGUCGAGUCCGACAAGGCUGACAUGGACGUCGAGACCUUCCACGACGGCUUCCUCGCCGCCGUCCUCGUGCCCGCGGGCGAGUCAGCGCCCGUCGGCUCCGCCAUCGCGCUGCUUGCCGAGUCCGAGGAGGAGAUCCCGGUCGCGCAGUCACAGGCGGCCUCCUUCUCCUCCAGCUCCCCCUCGCCUCCGCCUCCGCAAGAAACUGCUCAAGAAGCAUCCCCUUCGCCGCCGCCACCUCCUCCCUCGGCGCCGGUGGCAGUCUCUGCUCCCGCGCUACCUUCGCCAGCAACACAAGGCGGGGGACGUGUUGUUGCUUCACCCUACGCCAAGAAGCUCGCCAAGGACCUCGGCGUUGAUCUUUUCUCUGUCACGGGGUCAGGCCCCGGCGGGCGAAUUGUAGCCAAGGAUGUCGAGGCUGCCCUUGCUGCGCCCAAGAAGGCCGCACCAGUGACUGCUGCACGGCCGGAUGUGCCAUUGGGGUCGACAGUACCAUUCACGACAAUGCAGGGUGCUGUCAGCAAGAACAUGGUGGAGAGUCUUGCUGUCCCGACCUUCAGGGUUGGGUACACCAUCACGACUGAUGCCCUCGAUCAGCUCUACAAAAAAAUUAAGUCAAAGGGGGUUACAAUGACAGCACUGUUGGCUAAGGCGACGGCAAUGGCUCUGGUUCAGCAUCCUGUGGUGAACUGCAGCUGCAGGGAUGGAAAGAGCUUCACAUACAACAAAAGUAUAAACAUUGCUGUGGCAGUGGCCAUAGAUGGUGGGUUGAUUACACCGGUUCUUCAAGAUGCUGAUAAGCUUGACAUUUAUUCAUUGUCAAGGAAAUGGAAGGAGUUGGUUGAUAAGGCGCGAGCAAAGCAGCUGCAGCCCCAUGAGUACAACUCUGGCACCUUUACUCUUUCGAAUCUUGGUAUGUUUGGAGUUGAUAGGUUCGAUGCAAUACUGCCACCUGGAACUGGCGCAAUCAUGGCCGUCGGUGCAUCAGAACCGACAGUUGUUGGUACAAAAGACGGUAGAAUCGGGAUCAAGAGCCAAAUGCAGGUAAAUGUUACCGCUGAUCAUCGGGUUAUUUAUGGAGCUGACCUUGCCGCUUUUCUGCAAACACUUGCUAAGAUAAUUGAGGAUCCCAAGGAUCUUACAUUUUAAAAGUUCCUGAGUGAUUGUUUUUCCUUGAGCCAAUCACAAUUGGGUGCUUCUCACCCAUAGUAGAUUUGUAGUAUGUCUUAAUGUGAAUUAGUUGAUUUAAGCUAUCAUCAAUGUCAGCAUCAGGUAACUUUACCUGCUGGUUGGUUAUCUUACCAUCAUUGGUUUGUUUUUCAAUAAAUUCUUUUCUUUUAUCUUUCUUCUUCAUUCAGAUAGGUGGGUAAGGAUGUGUGUAUUCAUCAUUUUACCUGAGUUUUCAUGGACAUUUGAUUUUGUUUAGCUUAACAAUGUACCAUGACCUUGGGUACAAGGAAUGAAAUGCACCUUGUACUUGUACC